GAGUGGGGGGAAACGCUUGAGCGGGUAUAAAUGGUCUGCAUGUCAUCAUGCAGCCACUGCCUGACACAGCAACAACCAUGAAGCUCUUGGUCCUUUGCGCUCUGGUGUCGGCGGCCGCCGCUUGGCCCAACUUCGGGAUGAUGGCCGACUCUCCUGGAGGAGCUUCUGACGCCCAGAAGCAACACGAUGUCAACAGCAUUCUGUGGAAGAUCUACGACAAAAUCCGCGAUCCUCAUCUGGAGCAGCUUUCCCAUACCUUCAAUCCUCUUUCCGGCCACUAUGAUGAUGGUGGUGUCUCCGCUAGGCGACUCAUGCAGGAGCUCAACGACGAGCGCUUGCUGGAGCAGAAGCACUGGUUCUCGCUCUUCAACACCCGCCAGCGGCAGGAGGCUCUCAUGCUCUACGACGUGCUCGAACACUCCACAGACUGGGACACCUUCGCUGGCAACGCCGCCUUCUUCCGCGUUCGCAUGAACGAGGGCGAGUUCGUCUACGCUGUUUACGCUGCCGUCACACACUCUCAUCUCACAGAACACGUGGUGCUGCCGCCCCUCUAUGAGGUUACUCCUCACCUCUUCACCAACAGCGAGGUCAUUCAAGCAGCCUACAAGGCCAAGAUGACACAGACUGCCGCCAAGAUCUUGUCCCGCUUCACCGGCAGCAAGAGCAACCCAGAGCAACGUGUGGCCUACUUCGGUGAGGACAUCGGCAUGAACACCCACCACGUCACCUGGCAUUUGGAAUUCCCCUUCUGGUGGGACGAUGCCCAUGAGGACCACCACAUUGAGCGCAAGGGCGAGAGCUUCUUUUGGGUCCAUCAUCAGUUGACCGUUCGAUUCGACGCCGAGCGUCUCUCCAACUACCUGGACCCCGUCGACGAACUCCACUGGGACGACGUGAUCUCCGAGGGCUUCGCUCCCCACACCAUGUACAAGUACGGCGGUUACUUCCCCUCACGACCAGACAACGUGAAGUUCGAGGACGUGGACGGCGUUGCGCGCGUGCGUGACAUGUUGAUCCUGGAAAGCCGCAUCAGGGAUGCCAUCGCUCACGGCUAUUUCACUGGCAGGGACGGGUCUGUUAUCAGCAUCAGAGACACUCAUGGCAUCGACAUCCUUGGUGACGUGAUUGAGUCCUCCACUUACAGCCCCAACCCCGAGUAUUACGGCUCUUUGCACAACACUGCUCAUGUCAUGCUUGGCCGCCAGGGCGACCCUCACGGCAAGUUUGCCCUUCCUCCUGGUGUGUUGGAACACUUCGAGACUGCCACGCGCGACCCUGCUUUCUUCCGCCUCCACAAGUACAUGGAUAACAUCUUCAGGGAACACAAGGACAGCCUUCCUCCCUACACCAAAGAGGACCUCGAGUUCCCUGGAGUCUCUAUCGACAGCAUCGCCUUAAACAACCGCCUUGAGACCCACUUCGAGGACUUUGAAUACAGCCUCAUCAAUGCUGUUGACGACACUACCGAUGUCGAAGACGUGCCCAUCGACGCAGUCAUCUCUCGCCUCACGCAUAACGACUUCAACAUCGAGAUUGGCAUCACUAAUAACAACGGCCACGAAGUAAUGGCAGCCGUACGUAUCUUCGGCUGGCCCAAGUACGACAACAACCAUGUUGAGUUCCCAUUCAACGAGGGACGCUGGAACGCCAUUGAGCUCGACAAAUUCUGGAUUAAGUUGGCUCGCGGACCCAACAAAAUCACACGCUCCAGCACACAAUCAGGGGUAACAGUUCCUGAUGUGCCCAGCUUCCAGACUCUGAUCGACAUGACUGAUGAAGCACUUGCCUCAGGCUCAGCACUCCACCUCGAGAAUUAUGAAAGUGGCCUUGGACUGCCCAACAGGUUCCUCCUCCCCAAGGGCAAGACUGAGGGAAUGGAGUUCCAUAUUGUAUUCUUCGUUUCUGACGGCACCAAGGACGGAGCCGUCGAGGGCCUGCAUGAGAGCACUACCUUCAACCACUAUGGCUGCUACGAUGGCAAAUACCCUGACAAUCGGCCACAUGGUUACCCACUGGACCGCCGCGUCGACGACGAGCGCAUCAUCAAUGGUGUCUCCAACUUCAAGGCUGUGGACAUCAAAGUGUUCCACGUGGAAGAUAACUAAUGUAGCAACUAACCGGCAAAAAGACGUCAGCAAACUGCUGCAUAUAAUUCAUCUUGCUAUAUAUAUAUAUAUAUAUAUAUAUAUAUAUAUAUAUAUAUAUAUAUAUAUAUAUAUAUAUAUAUAUAUAUAUAUAUAUAUAUAUAUAUAUAUAUAUAUAUAUAUAUAUAUAUAUAUACACAUACAUAUGCAACCCUUAUUAGAUUAUGUCAUCUUAAAUCUAUCAGAUAAAACUAAUAUUUCAUGUAUGUCAAUAAAAGAAGAGUGAAGUGAAA